GUUUAUUACUUUAUUUUUACCGCUACCUUGUUGCGUGCCCAAGUUGCCAAAAUGUAAAACCGUGCCGAGGGACUGAAGACAACGCAAUUCAGCGCGCAAUAAUGGAGGCAGGCAGCAAGGAAGCGUAUGGAAAGCUGGCGCAUUCUUGGAGGCGUGUGGCGUCAACGCACGAGCUGCAGGACCUCUUGCGACCAGAGCCUGACACUCGGCCGCACGCGCCACCAGUGUUGCGGAGGCGCGUGGCAGGGGUUCUGAUGUUGCUUGGGGCUUUGGUUCUGGUUCUUUGCUACACGACUCACGCGGCUGUGGUGCUGACGCGGCCGGAGCGCCUGCCGCCCUUCCUUCAUGCUUUUAGGCAAAGCUCGGAUCUCAUCUUUCGCGCUUUGUUCGCUUUCCAUGUGACUGCUCUGGCGACGCUGAUGCACUGGUUUAGCAGAAAGCUGUUCAAGCACAACUCAGCGUAGGACAGCACGGACAUGUGCGACGAUGAUAGCGGACAUAUGGUGCUGCUUGGAGCGCCGAGCCUAGAGCGGCCGGCCUUGAAGCGCCGGGCCCUUGAAUGGGCGUUGUGGGGCGGCGGGGUGUUUUGAAGGGGGGAGCCUAGGGAGGUCGGUCAAGGUCCCUAGUGUUCUAUGAAUGUUGCACGGUUCCAUACUUCCACGAGCGGGGAUGGAUGUUUUUGGUGUGUGUAGAGAGCCAGUGUCAGCAACCUGAGCGAGUUUUGCAGGAUGCAAGCGGGGGAAACAAGGCCGGGGAUCGGGGAAACAAGCCGAUGGGCGCGCUGUGGCAGCCGCAAUGGACAAAGCUUGCAACCAACGCAUUAGGCGCGUUGUGGUAGUUGCACCAUACACGCACGCCUUAUCUACUUUCGGCAUAAUCUGACACAGCGCGACGUCUGUGCUUGUUCUGCUUAAACGCGAAAGGACUCCCUGCUGCAUGUCAAAUUUGCCAUGGAAU